GUGGGGGGUGGUGUGCUACCUCCAUGAAAUUAGUUUUUGCAGGGUGGGAUGUUUGCGUAAACAAAGUUACGGACUAAUCAAUAAACUUGCAUAAUUCCGGGUGCACUGGGUCUGCUUCCUUUCUCGUGUAAAAUAUGGGAAAAAAACGGAGAAGCGCAAUGACACGAACACUUCGCAGCUUUUCCCUGCCUUUCACUCGGAAGUUGGGAUUCUGUGUUCUGGUUUUCUGCUGGACGGGCACUAGGACCCAGCGACCUCUCCUUGCUCUCCGCCGCCCGCAGUCGGAAGCCUGGAGUCGGCGCCUCCGAGCGCUAGGAUCCAGCGGCCGGGGCCCGGUCGUCAUGAGUGGGCCCGGCCGGGCGGCGGAGGCCGCUCGGAUUUGGAAGGUGCCCGGGAUCGAGGUGCUGCGCCUGAGCGGCGUGACAGGUUGGGGGCCGGGCAAGAAGAACGACCUGGUGCUGGGUGUAGGCGACGACCCCCGGAGCGGGCAGCAUGUGGUGUACUUCCCCGGGGACGUGCAGAACUAUCAUGAGCUGAUGACACGCCAUUCAGAAAACCUUCGCUGGCAGCGAUGGAGCCUAGAAGAAGUCGCUGUUUUACUGUUCCAUCGAUUUCCUCGCAGCCACAUCUGGAUCAUUAAAGCUUCCCGGAUUCAUCUACACAAGUUCAGUUGCUAUGACAACUUUGUGCAAAGCAAUCUAUUUGGUGUGCCUGAGCAUAGCUUUGACAGAGGAGCUUUCAAACACUUAUAUUCAUUGUUAAUGAAUGGCUUCAAGCAAAAGCACACUCUUUUACAUUCACGGACAAGUCCAAGUGAAAGGGCUUGUGGUUCAUUUGCAGUCGAGCAUGGUGAAGGCUGCAGUGAUCUCUCUAAAACUUCAAGUAGUUUUUCCACCAAGAAUGAUCUGAGUACUCCAAGUCUUUCUGGAAAUUACACAGAGGUUGAAGACUUGAAAUGCACUGACCCUUCAUUGAAAUUUAUAUUGAUUGGUUUCAGCAAAGGUUGUGUGGUGUUGAACCAGCUGCUGUAUGCGUUGAAUGAAGCACAAAAAGAUGAAGAACUGGCGGCCUUCAUCAGUAACAUUAAAGGAAUGUAUUGGUUGGAUGGUGGUCAUGCUGGGGGAAGCAAUACCUGGGUCACUGAUCCAGAAAUCCUGAAAAGAUUUGCCAAAACAGGUAUUCCUGUGUUUACACAUGUUACACCUUACCAAGUACAGGAUAGUAUGAGGGCUUGGAUUGGAAAAGAGCAUAAGAAGUUCAUCCGGCUCUUGGGGGAGUAUGGUGCUAAAGUGACAAACCAACUUCAUUUUGAAAAUGAAAACCCUUCUCUGGACAAUCACUUUAGGGUCCUUCAAGCAUUCUAAUGUACUUGUGAUCGAUUGUGACAGAAAAAUCACUAAUUCUUGGUCUCAUUUGUUCUCAGUAAAGCUGAGUCGGAAAAGCUGCUUAUGUAUGAAACUGGUACUCCUAAGAAACAUAUUUAAUAGUUUGUGGACUAAGUAAUUAUAUGUGAUAUUUCCACCACAAGUUCUAAUUGAGUCUCUGUUUUCGUACAUUAAACUACUGUUGCAGGUACUGUUUGAGCUGCCUUAAUUUAGCAUUCCAUUUGCUUACAUUUUGUGGACUUGAUCAGAUUAAAUAUUUUGCUGUCUUCUAAUCCAGUAUAAAGACUGCUGAAUUUCCAGUCAUGAGAGACAUCUGAAAUUUGUCUCAUUUCAUUAGUUCCACCCACAAGCAAAGAAGAAUGUUUGUGUUUAAGUGAAUCUGUGCUAUAUAACCUAGUUACCACACUCACAGAUGACUACAGUCUAUAUUGGAAGCAGAACUGAUAUUUGUCAAAGGAAGUUGAAGUGAUGACAAUUAACAUUUUGACCAUCUCAAAGUGAUUUCCAUCGAAACUUGCCUUUAAAGGGGCCAACAUUUAGUUUGGUACACUCUUGCAUGCAGCUUCUAAGAUCUAAAAGAUAAUAUGUUUUGUAAUCACAGAGGAUAUAAAUGGCCAUGACAGAUAUAUGUGAAAACAAAAUAAUCCUUCUGGAAUCUGGAAAUGCAUGGCAUGUGUUCACUCCACAUGAGGACAGAUGAAAGAAGAUGCAACAAUCGGUUAAUAAUACUUGACAGUGUUGUCAAACCUUCCAGUAGUUACUGUAAGUCCUCAUUCCAGCUGGUGUUUGGAACACAAUCAGCUUCCUGGAUUGCUGAAAGGCCCCACUUUCGGCUCAUUGAGAGCAACGAUGAUAGUGACUUGCAGCAGCCUUGAUGUGGCUUCUUCAGGCUAAGCUCUUGGGGUAGGGCAACAUAGAUAAAUUUCUAGAGCUCUUGCUUGAUCUUGUCACCACACUGACCUCUGCUUCAUGUGCAGUGAUCACUUGAGAAUCAAUAAUCGACUAUUAAUAGUUUCCCUUAUACUUUAGACCUGGGAUAGCUCAAUUGAUACCAUGCAUUCUAAAUUCAGAUACAGAAACUUAUAAAAGUUUGUUUAAUUCUAACAAUCCAUGGAUGACCCCUUCCAAUUAAAGGCAGACUAGGGAAUUCAUUAAAAUAAAGCUUUCAGGAAAGUAUGCUAUGAUGGAGGAGGGUUAGUGGUUAAGUAACAUUUGAUAGUACUGUAUAAAGUGACCCCGUUUUAAAUAGUUGGUUUUAAUCAUGCUACCUACUGAUAGAAAUGAGUCACUUGUCAGCUCUAGGCCAUAGUGCAUCAUUAUAGAGUGUUUAAUACUUAUGUUAUGAACAUUUGGUUAGCAUAACAUUAGUGAAUAAACAUAGCUUUGUUGCUUUG